AUAAGACCACACCCAUUUAUUCAAAUUUGAUAAAAUGAGUUCCAGUCGUGGUGCCAGUAGAAAAUCUCCUGCUGGUUCUACUAGACUCAAACCAAAUCCAAACUUCUUCAAUUCUCCUAGUGAAAGUGAUGGGGUAGGUAAGGAGGGGACUGUACCAGAAUCCUUAUUGAAACAAGCUCGUAAAACCGGUUCACUGAACCUGUCAAACAGGGGCAUUAGUGUUAUUCCUCCUAAACUGUGGAGACUCAAUAUUGAUCCUCCUGAUGGUAGUACUGCUUCAUAGAGCUGUUGCACGGAUGUAAUUAACGGGGUAGGCGAGGCUUCCUGUCGGCCAUCUUGAGUGGCAAGAAUGUACACGCAACGAAUGGAAGAAUGGA